UUGCCACGGCGACGCGUCACUGGGCAACGCCGCGGUGAAGAGUAAUUCUGGAAAUGCUGCUUGUACCGGAACAAAUACAACAAAAUGUUAAAGGUAGUUAGCAAUAUAGCAUCCAGCGUUUUACCAUUUCUUCUGCCUUUUUGUGCAAUAUACAAACGUGUCUUAAACUACGGGGAAUAAAGCAGGUUGUCUCGGGACUAAAGCUGCCGUUACUCGCUGUAAUAGCACCGCUUCCUGUGAGGAAACGAAUAUGUCCACUCUCUGUGCUCAGCGUUAGCUUACCUUUUUUUGCAGUUAAUUAUAUAUUUCCCAAUUUAAUGGUCCUGCUGCAAUUGAGAGGAUUCAUCUGAAAAGCAAUUUAUCUUUCGACACAUUCGUCUUCAGACUCACACAGACCUAUUCAUCGACACGGUGUGCCAAGACUACAUCAUGCCAGAAGACAACAACUGUAAACUGCUGCAGCCACACAGCAGCUCCUCUGACAAUGAAAAGAAGAUCAAGAAGAAGAUGAUGAAGAGAAAGAAGAAGAAGAAGAAGAGAAAGAAAAUAACCGCUUCGACAACUCCUCCAGAAAACACAGAGAAACCUCAAGAUGUAUCGUUGCCCCCUGAGACCUCACCUGUAACCCUGCUGGCCCCACAGAGCCCGGGUCAGCCUCGAGCCCAGCUGCCCAAGCUCAGAACUACCAGCAAGAAGGAUGGAGAAUGGCUCGCUGGCAGCGAUCGGAAGAGCGAAAACCCCCCCAAGUAUUCACUGGCCCUGCUGACAACAACUUACAAAACCAGUGACAGCGGAGAGCUCAGCGCCCAGGCCAGGGAGUGCCUGAGGUGGGAGGGAGUGCUGGAGAACCCCCAGGCUGAGGAGAAGAGGCUGGAGCUGUACAGGGUCAACAGGCGGCAGCGCUACACCACAGACACUCUGUUAAAAGAAACCCUGGGUGCCUUGACUUUUCCUGAAGAGAGCAAAGACAAAAAGGCUUUGACUCAAUAUGUCAAACAGGAGUCAUUAAUGAAUUUGAGCAUCUCACUUUAAUGUUGACAGUAUAAAACAAAUGCAUCUGCAGUGAGCAACAGAGGGAAGAUCUUUGGAUGCGGUUAAGACAUAGGAAGAGAAACAAAUAAUGUUGCCAAUUCAAUACCCUUUAAAGCACUGAUAGAAACAGGUAGCCACUCUACCUACUGCCCGUGGACAAGGACAGGAACUGUUUAAAACUUAAUAGAGGAUUUGCACAGAUUAUGUUUAAGCUUCUAAAUUAUUUAACACUUCCAGAAAAUACCCAAAGUGGGUCUUUCAGGACUGAAACCCAAUCAGGAUAAUACCGCUGAGGCCCCCUCACAUCUGCGAGUCUACAGGUCCGUGAGGUAGAGGAGGGUUUAAUGGAUGGGGAUCACAUGACAUUUAUUUUUUCACACCUACAAUGUAACACAGGUUAGCAGUUUUCUUUUUUUUCUUUUCUUUUUUACAAAAAAAGUGGGUGUGGGGUUGUUUAUUAAAAUUUAAAUGUGACCGCUGUAACAAUGUGUUACUAUGCUGUCAAACUAAAUCUGCUAUACCAGUGAUCUAAUGUGCAAAGUCCUGAAUCCAGUAAUGGAUAUACCCCUCUCUUUUUCUACUUAUCUCUUGCUGCUCAAUACUGAUGGCUAAUUGAAAGGAAAUGAAAGGACACUUUAAAAAGCUACAUCUUCGGAAAGUCUGAAAAUAAAUCUAGGAAACUACCUCUGCUGCACAAUAGAUGGCAGCAAAGUCAUGUGCAAAUCAGAUGCUCCAACACUGAUAAGUGAUUCAAAAAGAGACAGUACUGUUGUGCCUGAGAUAUUUUUAUGCAUGAACAAAGUGAAACACACAAGACAAAAAAGUUUAAAUGACAAAUACAUUCCUGUUAUUUUUACCUGGGCAUCAGGGCUCACUUUGCAUUGCUAACAAAGCUGCAGAGAACAUGUUUUACUUAAAAUCCUAAGGAGAACAUAUGUUUCAUCAGUGAGAUGAGCAGAACGAUGGAAAUUAUUUUAGUAUUAGCUUCAAGAAUGGAAAGCAACAUGUAUGACGAUAUAUACCAGUGGCAAAAUAAAUUAUUAUGUAGACCUAUAUAUAUAUUGUUUUUUUUAAAUAUAAUUUUCCGCAUAAAUGUGUUGAAGAACCUUGAUUUGUCAGGUAUUGAAUUUGCUCUAUUAGCUAAAAAGAAAAUAGUUUCCUGUCUGGUUAUUUUUUCCAUUAACAAUUUCUCAAUUGAUUAUCCAGAAAAAUGUUUUACAUCACAAGGUAUACCGAUAUUCUGAUCAUGAUCUAAAUACAUACAACAUAGUACAACAUAUAAACCGUGGGCCGUGAAAUAUCUGCACCACUUGAACCCUGGACACAGUGGACUGAGGCGAGCUGUUGACAGGAAGGGAGAGUGAAGCUAAAAGUAAAUGUGGAGGGGUGAAGUAAAGACAGUGAUACACCAGCAGAAAGACAGAGGGGGAAAGAGAGGAAAAAACGCAGCAUUUCUUUUGUGAAGGUUUUGUCACACUGCAUUUAUGGGCUGUUUGUCGAAAGGCCUAUUGUUGCCUGUUGGUGUGUUUUGUUACCGUUGCCUAUUUCAGCAUCUCUGCUUCAAAGAGCUGAGCACAUAAUCCCCCCUCCGACUCACUGACCGGACCACGUACAUUACCGCAGUGGGCAUUAAGGCCACUUGUGUUUUUCCAGCAGCCCAAUACAAGUUAUUUUAAAGAUUAACAGCGGAGAACAUACUGAGACAUUUUAAAUGUGAUGUCACUGAAAAACCUGUGCAGACAUAAGGCCAUGAAAUAAAAUGUAAAAUAAAAUGUAAAUCAUUAAAAAAAAUAUUAAGAUUACAAAAGAAGUCCCAAAAGCGGCAUCCAUCUGAGGUAUCUGUUGUUUGCAUGGUGGAGUCCCCCUCACCUGAACACUGAGUGUAUGACGUUUACAGUUUAAAUCCAAUACUUCAACACUGUAAAUAUGAACUUCACUGUAAGAUUGUCUUUGUCUUCGGUGAGAGCGGUGGUGACGAAGAGACAGUUGGCUGCAUGUUAACAUUGCACAGAUGA